CCCAAAUCCAAGUUGAAGGUGAAAGUCCUCCACCGUCCCGUUAGCUCGCUGCUCCGUUAACAGCUCGUCGCUUGUUGCAGCCGCAGGAGAAACAAAACAGCAGCUAUGUCGGUGUUUUCUGAGGUCCCUCAAGCAGCUCCUGUUGCUGUCUUCAAGCUGACUCAAGACUUCACCAACGACCAGUUUCCCAAGAAGGUGAACCUCGGAGUUGGAGCCUAUCGGACAGAUGAGGGCCAGCCUUGGGUUUUGCCAGUGGUGAAGAAGGUGGAGAAGAUCAUUGUGCAUGAUGACAGACUAAACCACGAGUACCUGCCCAUCCUGGGCCUGCCUGAGUUCAGAUCCUCGGCCUCCAAGAUUGCGCUGGGAGACAACAGCCCCGCCAUCCAGGAGAACAGGGUGGGAGCUGUCCAGUGUCUGGGUGGCACAGGUGCUUUGAAGAUGGGUGCUGAGUUUCUUAGGCGAUUCUACAAUGGAGACAACAACACCAAAACACCCGUUUAUGUGUCUGCACCUACCUGGGAGAAUCACAAUGCUGUAUUCAGCAACGCUGGCUUUGAGGAUGUCCGUCCAUACAAGUACUGGGACGGAGAAAAGAGAGGCCUCGAUUUAACUGGUUUCCUUGGUGACUUGGAAAGUUGUCCAGAACGCUCAAUCUUUGUCCUGCAUGCUUGUGCCCAUAAUCCAACUGGCACAGAUCCCACCCAGGAGCAAUGGAAGCAAAUUGCUGAAGUUAUGAUGAGGAGGAAGCUGUUUGUGUUUUUUGACUCCGCCUAUCAGGGAUUCGCCUCAGGUAGUUUGGAAAAAGAUGCCUGGGCUGUCCGCUACUUUGUCUCCUUGGGCUUUGAAAUGUUCUGUGCCCAGUCGUUCUCCAAGAACUUUGGCCUCUACAACGAGCGUGUGGGCAACCUGACAGUUGUGGCCCGUGAUCCAGACAACCUGAAGAGAAUUCUCUCCCAGAUGGAGAAGAUCGUCAGAACCACCUGGUCCAACCCGCCGUCUCAGGGAGCUCGCAUCGUUGCCAUCACUCUUAACACACCUGAGCUCUUUACUGAAUGGAAGGACAAUGUGAAGACGAUGGCUGACAGGGUCCUGCUGAUGAGGGCUCAGCUGAAAGCAAAGCUGCAAUCUCUGGGGACACCGGGGACCUGGGAGCACAUCACAGACCAGAUUGGCAUGUUCAGCUUCACAGGCCUCAACCCCAAACAAGUAGAAUAUAUGGUGAAGGAGAAGCACAUCUACUUAAUGGCCAGUGGUCGCAUCAACAUGUGUGGCUUGACCACCAAGAACAUCGACUACGUGGCUGAAUCCAUCCACGAAGCCGUCACCAAGGUCCAGUAGAAGACUGCACUAUACCCACAGUUCUCAGCACAUCCUCCUGCCCAGUUCUGAGCCACCAUGAUCCCAGAGACCGUGUUUGCGUCCGGAAGACUUUCUGGAGAAAUAUAAAUUCUCAUUUGCACAAAUACACAGACAGUUCACAGUUUUCCUCCUCCUUUCAGUGUUUGUGCUAAACUAGGCAAAACCUUUGUGGACCAAUUUUUCAUAGAAUGCACAAAGAUGGUGUACAUACACUACCACUCAAAGGUUUGGACACACCUUCUGAUUCAGUGGUUUUUAUUUAAUUAUUUUGUACAUUGCAGAUUAAUACUGAAGACAUCAAAACUAUUAAAGAAUACAUAUGGAAUUAUGUUGUAAACAAAAAAGUGUUAAUCUUCUGUAUUAAUGUACAAUGUAGAAAUAAUACAGAUAAAUAAAAAGCAUUGAAUAAGAAUGUGUGUCCAAACCUUUGACUGGUAGUGUGUGUGUAUAUAUAUAUAUAUAUAUAUAUAUAUAUAUAUAUAUAUAUAUAUAUAUAUAUAUAUAUAUAUAUAUAUAUAUAUAUAUAUAUAUAUUCAUGCUCUUAUCUAACACGUAACAUUUUCCAGAAUAUUGAGUAAUUAUGUUCAUAAUUUGUCAUUUAUUUUUUUGUUAGUCACCUCCCUCUAGUGCGUAGUUCAGUUUUUGUGUAAUUAGUUUGUGUGUCAUUACCAGGACCUUUGAGAGAGUUAGUAAGUCUGUGACUGUGUCACAGUUACCUCAGCAGCGAUGACUCUCCUCUCUAAAAAUGUCAGCUGUUAUGAUUCAUCCAUUCCAAGUGUUAAUAGCAUAUUUCCAAUUUUGUGUAGGCAGCAGUGACAGUUGCUGGUAUGAACACUUAAUAAGGGCAUAAUAUUGAGACGACCACACUGACACAGUUUAGUUUUUAGGAGACAAUCGUACCUAAUGUCACCAACCAUGAAAGAAGUAGCACUAUUCAGUCUUAUUUCUACAGAAUAAUGUGAACGUGUGUUCUCAGGAAGGUAUUUUUAACUUGAACUAUGGAAUUUUUUAAUGAUCAUGUCUGCUGCCCAAAGGGGUUAUAAUAAUUACCUCAUUUUUAAUGCAUUCACAAAUGGCCGUGAACUCCCCUAACAGAUGUCAUGACUCCAGAGUAAUCUCAGGGUUCUCUGCUGCCAGCUGAAUGUUUUGAUGUUUCUGGCUCUGUCAGGCACCUGCUAGUGAAUGUUGACUGGUUAUAGCACUAUGCACUGUUAUGUAAGACUCUCCAUGGCACAAUCCUGCUAUGAUCAACCAGUUUACCGUAUUAUACACAGGACGCUAAUUAAACAGUAUUGUUGUUUAGCAGUUUAAUUGAAGCUGAAAUUGUCUUCGGCUGUUUUAAUGGGAUGAAAUCACUCCUCCAAUAAAGAACUUUAAAUAA